AUGAAGGCAUGGAUAUCAAAGAGAACCAGCGGCACCCCCCUGUAUCGUCGUACGGGUGGCCCUCCGCCGGGGAAAGCAAAGAAUCUUAUUGACUUCAAAGUGAUGAGCUUGACAGGAGAAGAUACAAUCAACCUGUAUGGUGUUGUGCGCAGCGACACCGUAUCCGUUGUCAAGAGAAAAAUGCAAGACAAGCGUGGUGUAGACAACUUACCCGCAAAAGAACAACGCAUCUUUUUCAAAGGAAAGCUGCUGAAAGAUAGACGCACUCUCGAGCACUAUGACGUAGAGAAGCACGAUACUCUGUGGGUGGGUCUCUUCAGUUCCGGCACUGCCAAGAAGGAAUUUUUUGUCAAGUUGCCCCAAGGGAACAUUGCUAUCGACAACUUUAGAUUUCGGGACAUGGUCAGGGGUGUCAAAAGAACAAUUCAAGAUAUGCAAGGGAUUUCUCCUGACCAACAGCUACUAUUUUUUGGAGGGAAGCAGAUGGAUGAGGAUAAGACUUUGAAAGAACACGGUGUAGAGAGACAGAACACCAUUCACUUGAUCCUCCGUCAGCAUGUGGAAGCUGUGUCUUGGAGAGGACUUCGCUCCCUUGAUGAUAUUUAUGGUGAUUUCUACGAGGGGUGGUAUGACUGCGCUGCAAAGCCUUUGCGCAUGUCGUCAUCGGACACAAUUCAUAUCUCUCUGUUGACAGCAUGGCCUCUCGUGGCGCCUUCGGGGGUGCGUGUUUUCUCUGAUGGCAACAUUGUGGAUUUGAAAAUUGAAAUCAAGAGAAAUUCGGGUAUCCCAGUUGAUCUCAUGGACCUCUAUAAAGAUUGGGGCAAGGACCAGCUACAGCCCCUAGCAGACGAGAAGUCCUUGGCUGACUGCGGCCUCUCUGACGAGUCCACCGUUUGCCUUGCUACGCGGUCGCCCCAGCUGGUUGUGAGGAAAGGCGAGGAACGGAUAUUGCUGGAUGUGCCACGAGACGUUGCAACCAUUAAGUUGUUGAAGGACAUGAUCACGGAGAAAACUGGCGUGCCGUCCCAGCACCAGCAGCUCUUCUUCGCCGGCUACCUAUUGGAAGACUGGCGCAAAGUGUCACAUUAUGGCAUUCCAUGGCACUCUGAAAUUGUGCUCAAGGAGAACAUGAUUGAUUCCUUGUGGACAUCAUGGGAGAAAAGACAAUACCUCUCUCUGACUCCGCUGGCGACACAAUCACACACGUCAAGAAAAUGA